CUGCCCCCGGCCCCGCCUCGCGCGGCGCCACCGCCCAGCCGGGCCGAGCCGCCGCGGGAGCUGCCAGCGGAGCCGCGCCCGCUAUGGGCACGGCGCGCGAGGAGAUGGGCCGCGUCAAGGUGCUGCUCUUCGUCUUCAACCUGAGCUUCUGGCUGGCAGGAUUGGCUGUCAUUGCCUUUGGUCUAUGGCUGCGGUUUGGUGGGGUUAUGGCAGAGUUUGCUUCAGACAAAAAGCCUCCAGAGUAUUUCUUCAUUGGACUCUAUGUAUUGGUGGGAGCAGGUGCUCUCAUGACCAUGGUUGGAUUUUUUGGGUGCUGUGGAGCAGCGCGCGAGUCUCAGUUCUUACUUGGAGCAUUCUUUGCUUGCUUGUUGGUGAUAUUUGCAGCUGAGGUCACUGCUGGAGUAUUUGCUUUCAUAGGCAAGAAAGUGGCAAUACAAGAAGUCCAGAAAAUAUAUGAAGACAUUUAUGAUGAAUAUAUGAAAAACCCGGGGAAGGUCAACAGGACUAUCUAUCACUACCACUUGGCUCUCCAAUGCUGUGGUAAAGAUAAUAUGGAACAACAAACGGGAUUACCUUGUCCAGAGAAUAUCCAGAUGCCAAAGAACUGCCUGGUUGAAAUCCAGAAUGUACUUGAUGCUAAUCUGCAUUUACUUGGAAUUGUUGGAAUUGCAAUUGCUGGCAUCACAAUCUUUGGCAUGAUAUUCAGCAUGGUUCUCUGCUGUGCAAUCCGUAACACAAGAGAAAUGAUCUAAAACUUACACUGCACAACCAUGUCCCAGAAGUUCAAGACUAAGCUUUACAAGAAGUACUCUUCUACCCAACUUAAUAACUGUAAUACAUUUUAAUUAGUUUUAACAUACUUAGAGGAAAAUAUCCCAUUAGGUGAGGAGAUGAACUGUAUUAGUUACAGUAAAACUGAAGUAAACAAAAAGGGUUUUAAAAUGUCCUUUCUAAUGAAAAAAGCAAAGAUAGUAUCUAAGACUAAUUUGUUUAAUGUUUGUGUAUGUGCAAUUAAGAGUUCACAUAUCUGCAGACAUCAUAUCAGCACAUGCAUAUCUCUCAUUACAUAUAUGUACACAUAUUUAACAGGUAUCUGUAUAUGCAGUACCUUGUUUAGGUACGUAUGUGCAAAUGAAAUAUGUUGUGUGUGCACAUUUGCAUGCAUAUUCUUCCAGAGUCAUCACUAUGCAAGAGUGUACACACACCCAUAGGUUGCUUGAAACCCUUUUAUACUGAGCCAAUUUGCCAAGAAUUGGCGGAGAACUAAAUGCCAUUUUAAAAAGUAAGACCUAUGAUCCAUUUUGUAACUAUUCUUUCCAAAGCCCAAAGAGAAAAAAAAAAAUAAAAUUGGACUUGAUUAAAAAAAAAAAAAAUGGGGGCGGGGGGGGAAGGCUUAACAAUCUGCUCCAAAGAACUUCACGUGAAUAGACCUGACAAGCACUGGCACAGUUUACUCAGAGAUUGUGACGUCUCCUUCCUUGGAGCUCUUCAAAAGCUGCCUGGAUGUUGUCCUGGGCAACCUGCUAUGGGUGGCCCAGCUGGAGCAGGAGAGUUGGACCAGAUGACCUCCAGAGGUCCCUUCCAACCUCAACCAUUCUGUGAUUCUGUGACUUCACUGUCAUGCACAGAUUGGAUUAUAAUUAUUAUAUAUAUAUAUAUUUAUUUUUUUUUUCGAUGUCCAGUUGUAUUUUCAUGCAUACAGAAAGCUCUGUAAGAGGAAACAUGUCCAAGGAGAUUCAGGCUAAACAAAGAGAGGGAGAGAGGUAGGAAGCUGGCAAUAUACACAGUCAUUUGGGAGCGAUUGCAGUGCAGUGUGGUUAAGAGUGUGGUUAAGCUUCCAAAGGUAGCCUGAGACACGGAAAUAAAUAAAUAAAUUUAAUAAAAAUAUCAGUUAAGGGACCACUAAAAUCUUUAUUCAGAAGUCCCUUUAUUCUGCAAGACACUAUAUGGUCUAAAAUGAUGGUGCAGAAGUAGAAACUGUAUCAAAAAAAGCAGCAGCUUUGCCAGAUACCCUGUAGAACCUAACUGGUCCGUGGAACUGAAGACAGAAAAUGGUCAGGGAAAGACAUGUAGCACUUUAAUAUCCUCUGGUUUUGCUUCGGUGACGAUCACAGCUUUCAUGGGGCUCUUACCUCAACCUCUCACCCUUUCUUGUGGGUGUAAGACAGAGAAGAAAAAUGGGACGUUUUUACAGAGCCAUAAAGAAAACUUUCUUACUGGCAGUUGUAGAUUGUCUGUCAGGUAUAAAAAUUAGUGUUCUUGAAAUACCUCAGGGCUUGCGUUUACAUAGUUUGUUUCCAUAUUUUUGUCUAUUUUUCAUAUUUAUUUAUAAGAAUGUGUUCCUUUUAAAGCAGCCUAGAAGGGACAAAGCUUAUCCCCAAAGGGAGGUAAUAAAUCACAGUAAGGGCUCAGAAUCUUUUGAUUUUUGGCUUACUUCAGGUAAUUCAGUAUUUCAGGGAAUAACUUUCUGUUAGCAAUGUCCACAUACCAGCUCAGUCCAUCUGAUUAGUAUUAGUUCAGAUUUCUGAUGCAGUUGUUCCAUUUUAAGAGAGUGGGUAUGACAGGGAAGAAUUCAGCUAAAUUACGUAUCUCAGUGAAAUGGUCCAUAAUGUCUAACAGGACUUGGUAUUUACAAGUAAUUUAUUACACUAGAAUAUGAUGGGACUUCAGGAAAUGUGUGCAGUCUAGUGCACGUGUGCAUGGAAUAUACAUCCCUCAUGAAAUUUAUGUCUCAUUUCCCAAAGAAACUCAAACUCCUAUCACUUUUUUAUUACUUCAGCACUGGAAACAAUGCUGCUGUUCCGUAUUUCCCAUUUAAUUGACACAUCUUGAUAGUUUUUACAUAGAUCUCUCUUUUCAAAUUUUUCAGCCACCAACUGUGACUAUCCAGUGGCACUGAGACAGCUGUGCACUAAAGGCAGUAUCAGCUGAGUAUGCAACAGGCACUGACAUCUGUGUAGUUUCUAUGCUCAGCUUCAGGUCCCCUGAUGAUAAGAGAUGUUGUAUCAUAUACCAGAGAAGAGUUAGGCUUGUAUCACUGUCCACAGCUUAUUAACUAUGGAUGCCAUGUAAAAGUAGGUCCUGGGACCUUACUCCGCAGGUAUCAGACCAAGAAAUCUGUCCCUGAUCAGCUUUCUGCUCUUAAGAAAGUCUCAGCUGGGAGAAUGACACUGGCAGCAAAUCCAUGAGGGUCUCAAGUUGACACUAAGAAAAUAAGUUUCUCAUAGCUGAUAACAAAGCCAUUUCCUAGAUCCCAGAUAUCCUUGAGACCGCCCCUACAACUGAUUCUGUCCUGAAGAGAAAAAGAGAUAGUGUACAACUGGGGCAUUUUCUCCCAAGGUAAGACUGGCAGAAAGAAGAAACUUAUGUAUAGUGUCAUUUUUGGCCAUUCAGAGCAGGAGAGCUUUCCCAUAAAAACAUUUUACAACUGGUAUUUUUUUUUUUACAAUUGGUAAGAAUACCACAAAAGGCAAAACAGUGUUCUGGGUUCCCAAAUAUUUUCCCUACACGGACCACUUAUUUACAGUAAAUUCCUGUCUCCCUCUCUUACCUUCCACCCAUGUAACGACUACUUUUUCUAAAACACAUCUAUGAAUACCACUUGGUUUUAAUUUCUCAAAUUUGUAGCAUCAAAAUGUAAUGAUAUGGCCAGAGGCAGCUUCUUUAUUUGCUUACUGUUUGUUUAAAUUGAAAGAUGAUGAAUCCUGCUUUUCAGAUGCACUGAAUAAAAGGCAGUUUGCAGAGACUUCUAUUGCUUCCCAAGGCCCUCACUCACCCAGAAGGACAAAAAGUGCCUUAUGAAAACAGGAAAGAGUGGUACAAAGAAAUAUGCUAUAAAUUCAGACUCGAACAAACUAACUUUCUGCCAAAGUUGUUGUCUUGUGUUAUCUUGCAGUGUUUUGUUUUUUUCUCCUCUGAACAGUACAGUGCAUUUGUUUUUCUGAGCAUAAUGACUGCUUAUAUUCUAGGUUUUACUGCUGUCUGGGUAUAUAAGACAUCUGCACUGCAUAUCAGGAAUAGAAUGAUACCAGUCGCUGAUUUAAUUCUCUUAAGUUAUUGGUAUAUGGAAAUCGAUGCAUUACUAUCUACUAGUGCUUUUAGCGGAAUCCUGAGAUAGAGCCUCUUUCGUUGUUUCCUGCUGCUGUGAGGUACAUAUCUGCAGUACUGUUCAGCAGAUUUCUCUGCAACUUCGUAACUGAAGGCCUUUUUUAAUUCAUUCAAGGACAGAAAAUACAGAUUUUCUGUCAAAGCUGUAAGAAAGUGGCAAAAGACUAAAACCUGCCAGGGGAUAAUUUUGAGAGCACACACAUUUUCUUCCAGUCUGAUCCAGUCAACCAGUUUGUUCUAACCUAUAAAAAUGUAAGUAGUUGAUUCCCUAAUUUCUUUUAACAUCAUUAUUCACAUUUACCAUGUCUAUUUUUUUCUGAGUAACUGACUUGAGUGGGAGCUUCACUUGUUACAGUUAAACUCAGCCAGUUUUGAUAUCUUCCAGAGAUUGAACAGGAGCUGAUGAAGCACAGCCCUGUAAUAUCCCUACAAUGAAGAUUCAUAUUUCACUUUAUACUGAAAGUGAUAGUUUUAUAGCAAAAUGUAUUUCAUAUUUAUUGAAAAUUAAAUUGAGUUAUCUUAAGCCUUCAAAUACUAUCUUUUACAGCCUUUGGAGGCUACUGAUUAACAGCAUCAGAUGACGUUCAUAGAAAUGUACAUAAAUAAAGCUUACCGAUAUCACGUCUUCCUCUCUGUUGGUGCUUCUGCCUCUACUAGGUUCUCCAAAACACAAACCACUUCCAGUGCAAUGUAUUUGUUUCUAUAGCACAAAUUCUGAUUUUGGAUAGAACUGGGGUAUCAUCAGUGUAUGACUGCAAAGUGUAGCAGCAUUACCUCUAUAGCAGCUUUCUGUAAAGAAAAAAAAAGGGUUGAUGUUCCUUCUGUUGCUGAAAUUAGCUUCCACUUCCCUGUAGCGUAAUGUGUUCUGAAGUGGUGUUUUACCGGUUUUGCCAUGAAUUUGAAGCAACGCUCUAAUAAAGAUAACCUGAAAUAAAA